CACAUCUCCUCUCCAUACUGGUUCUCAUGGAGACCCCGUUGAGAGGACCUUUCCUCUUUAUAAAGACAAGAUACAGCUCAUGCAACUGCCUUUGAAAUAAUCCACAGGAUUUCUUGCGAUAGUCUCUUCUUCACUUGCACUUCAAAGAAGCGCUCUGCUCUGUGGCUGUAUGCGACUGCUUGUGACUGAAAAGAGGACCCACAUGAACUGGAAUUAGUUGUGUCUUUCAUUCAGUCAGACCAUUUUAAGCGUUGUAACCAAGCGGACUGAGGACCGGACACUUGCCUUGCAUGACACAGGAUUACUUUGUUUCUGGAUAGGACUGUUUUUAGUUUCGGGGUCAUCCAAGACCCGAGUGCUUGCUGCGCUUCUCUCCAUCGACACCGCGCAACUUUCCUGGUAAACUCGUUCAUCGCUGCCUUUCCGCGCAGCUCGUGUUGCAGGUGCGGAGACACAGAGCGCGUGGACAGAUGGCUGCGCUGACGAUACAACGGAAUGACAACUUUCUACACACCUUUUUACAGGACCGGACCCCCAGCUCGUCCCCAGAGGGAGCCCCCAACGCCCUGUCCUUCCUGGCCACCACCUGUAGCCAGGCCUGGCAGGUGGGUGGCACGGUGGGCUCUGAGAGCUCCCAGUUCCCCUAUGAGGGGGCGGUAGGGGUGAGCUCAGCCUCCGGGAUGUUCCAGCUCUGGAGCAACGAGGUAGCGGUGGCCCCUAGUUCUAGUCUCAGCGCCUCCAGCCUCACUGCAGCCGCACAUCAGAUGACAUUCGCCGUGCCCAAGGUCCAGUUCCCUGUUGGCCCUGGACAGAGUCUGCCUUCUGGUCUGGGUCCUCACCCCCACGCGCUCUACCAUCAUCACCACCAUCACCACCACCACCACGAGCUGCCCCUGACUCCGCCGGCCGAGCCUCCCUCCGCCUACUCUUUCGAACUCUCCCCCGUCAAGGUCCUCUCAUCCCAGAGCCAGGGUCCCAAUGGGCCGCAGUACUACCCCCAGCAUAAUGGCGUCUCUGUGGGACAAAACUUUCCCGGCUUCUUUCAGAACUCUGUAUCCUCCGCCAGGCACCAUCUAUCCGGUGGACAACACCAUGUAGGGGAGGAGGGCCAGCAGGGCUGGUGGAGCCUCCCCCAGACCACUGGCCACGGAAGCCCCACCAACCACCACCACCCCUUUUCCCUGGGCCGGCAGCUGGUCCUGGGCCACCAGCCCCAAAUCGCAGCCCUCCUACAGGGCACCUCCAAGGGCCUGUUAUCCUCCACACGCCGCUGCCGUCGCUGCAAGUGCCCCAACUGCCAGGCCAACGGCGGGGGACUCGAGUUUGGCAAGAAACGACUGCACAUCUGUCAUAUCCCAGAGUGCGGCAAGGUGUACAAGAAGACGUCUCACCUGAAGGCUCACCUGCGCUGGCAUGCCGGGGAGAGGCCGUUCAUCUGCAACUGGCUGUUCUGCGGGAAGAGCUUCACCCGCUCCGACGAGCUACAGCGCCACCUCAGAACACACACCGGGGAGAAGAGGUUCGGAUGCCAGCAGUGUGGGAAGAGGUUCAUGAGGAGCGACCACCUCUCCAAACAUGUCAAGACUCACCAGAGUAGGAAGAGCCGGUCCGGUGGGAACACGUCGGACUCUCUGUUGGCCAAUAUCAAGAGAGAGUAGAACGGACUAGAGGGGGGAUUCAAUAACUCUAUAUAGAGCCAAGAGACUGCAAUAUGUGAUUGUACUGUAACUGCCACAGACCCUCUGAGAGAGAGUAGAGGACAAGGACACCCUAUAGACUAUUAACCUCUGUAGUCGGGACCAUUUUCAGCCCGUCAACAAAACGCUUUUGAGAGGUAUUUCACAACAAGGGGAAGCAAAGCGAGUGGCUUUGCUUCCCCUUUUAGGAUUGUGAUAUGGAUACAGAGUGUUCACUGGGCAUUUCUAGGUGUUGCACAAAAAUGAUCUCCCAUAGCAAGAUGGUAGCCACUCUUAACCCUUGACGGUGACAUUAUAACCCGGUUCCCACAUUAAUCAGCUAUCAAUGUCCAAGGUCAAAUUAAAUCAAAGUUUAUUGGUCACGUGCACACGGUACAGUGAAAUGCUUGCUUGCUAACUCAACAAUGCAGUACAAUAAUAUCAAUCAAGAAUCAAUUGCCAAAUACAAAAGUCCAAAAAUAACAAGUAUUAAUUAAAAGUAAAAAAAUUAAAUAUAAACUAGUAUGAGAAGUCUGUACAUAAUAGAAUAUACAGUAUGAUUGAUUUUUUUCAAAAUGAAGACUGUUUUUAAGUAGUAAAGUGACUUGGUAUAGCAGCUUGAGUAGAUAGUCAUAAUAAAUAAGAAUUCCAAGGUGUUAAUUUUAUUUCGAUUUAAUUUGUAAUAUUGAAAUAUAAAUAAUUCAGCAAAUGUAUGUAACAUGCAAAUAAUCCACUUUCUGCAUGUUUCAUCUUUGAGAAUCUGCAAUUCAGGAACGUUUUUGAUAAUGGAAUGUGAAUUACAUGAGGUAGAAAAUGUAUCUGAAAUAUGUAUACCACAUAUUGGUUGAUUUAAGAAAUUUGCUGUUUGGCCAAAUGAUUGUGGGAUCAGUGUUAUAAUGUUUUAUUACUGGAUAUAUAAACCCCUAUCUCAGUUUCAUCUGUUGUUGAAAUUGAUUCUUGUUAUUUAAUCAGAAUGUGAAUUGCCAUUCCUAUGUGUACAAACCAACAUUUGUUGGAAGACUUUGUAAAUAAUGUAUCAAUUUCACAGACAACUUAAUUGAAGUUACGACUGCAUGUACAUUUUAAUAAACGGAAAUUCCUUGUUAAAGCAAAUCCA